UGGGGGUGGGGGGCGGGGAUCGGGGCCGGGCCGGGGCCGCGCCGCCCGCGAUGCCGGGCGCCCGCCGCAGCCGCCGCCGCCGGAGCCCGGGAUGGGGCGAGAGGCUGCGGCGGACGCCAGCAUCUCCCCGCCGGGGACCCCGGGGGCCGCGGAGCCGCCGCCGCCGCUGCUGCCGCCGCUGCUGAGAACCAGCGGGCGAUGGGAUGAAAAUGAGACGCUACAAGCUCUUUCUCAUGUUCUGUAUGGCCGGCCUGUGCCUCAUCUCCUUCCUGCACUUCUUCAAGACCCUGUCCUAUGUCACCUUCCCCCGAGAACUGGCCUCCCUCAGCCCUAACCUGGUGUCCAGCUUUUUCUGGAACAAUGCGCCGGUCACGCCCCAGGCCAGCCCCGAGCCAGGAGACCCCGACCUGCUGCGCACUCCGCUCUACUCGCACUCGCCCCUGCUGCAGCCGCUACCGCCCAGCAAAGCGGCGGAGGAGCUCCACCGGGUGGACUUUGUGCUGCCCGAGGACACCACCGAGUAUUUCGUGCGCACCAAGGCCGGCGGCGUCUGCUUCAAACCCGGCACCAAGAUGCUGGAAAGGCCGCCCCCGGGACGGCCGGAGGAGAAGCCCGAGGGGGCCAACGGCUCCUCGGCCCGGCGCCCACCCCGGUACCUGCUGAGCGCCCGGGAGCGCACUGGGGGCCGGGGCGCGCGGCGCAAGUGGGUGGAGUGUGUGUGCCUGCCCGGCUGGCAUGGACCCAGCUGCGGUGUGCCCACCGUGGUGCAGUACUCCAACCUGCCCACCAAGGAGCGGCUGGUGCCCAGGGAGGUGCCGCGCCGCGUCAUCAAUGCCAUCAACGUCAACCACGAGUUCGACUUGCUGGACGUGCGCUUCCACGAGCUGGGCGACGUGGUGGACGCCUUCGUGGUGUGUGAGUCCAACUUCACAGCUUACGGGGAGCCGCGGCCACUCAAGUUCCGGGAGAUGCUGACCAACGGCACCUUCGAGUACAUCCGCCACAAAGUGCUCUAUGUCUUCCUGGACCACUUCCCGCCCGGCGGCCGGCAGGACGGCUGGAUCGCCGACGACUACCUGCGCACCUUCCUCACCCAGGACGGUGUCUCGCGGCUGCGCAACCUGCGGCCGGACGAUGUCUUCAUCAUUGACGACGCGGACGAGAUCCCGGCCCGGGACGGCGUCCUCUUCCUCAAGCUCUACGACGGCUGGACCGAGCCCUUCGCCUUCCACAUGCGCAAGUCACUCUACGGCUUUUUCUGGAAGCAGCCGGGCACCCUGGAGGUGGUGUCGGGCUGCACGGUGGACAUGCUGCAGGCAGUGUACGGGCUGGACGGCAUCCGCCUGCGCCGCCGCCAGUACUACACCAUGCCCAACUUCAGGCAGUAUGAGAACCGCACCGGCCACAUCCUGGUGCAGUGGUCGCUGGGCAGCCCCCUGCACUUUGCCGGCUGGCACUGCUCCUGGUGCUUCACGCCCGAGGGCAUCUACUUCAAGCUCGUGUCCGCCCAGAAUGGCGACUUCCCGCGCUGGGGUGACUACGAGGACAAGCGGGACCUGAACUACAUCCGCGGCCUGAUCCGCACCGGGGGCUGGUUCGACGGCACGCAGCAGGAGUACCCGCCCGCGGAUCCCAGCGAGCACAUGUAUGCGCCCAAGUACCUGCUGAAGAACUACGAGCAGUUCCGCUACCUGCUGGACAACCCCUACCAGGAGCCCAGGAGCACGGCGGCGGGAGGGCGGCGCCACAGGGGUCCCGAGGGAAGGCUGCCUGCCGGGGGCAAACUGGAUGAGGCGGAGGGCUAGGGCUGCAUGAUAUGAUCGGGCUCGUGGCAGGGGGGAGGUGGCGGCGGCCCCUAGCGCCAUCUCCCUGCCUCCUGCCAGCUCCGUGGUUCUUGAGAGGACCAGGAGUGGUGGGGGGUGGGGGUGGGGUUUUCCUACUUCACCCUUGUGAAUCAGGGGUCAGGUCUUUGAGCUCAGAAAACAUCCCUCCUGUUGGGAGGGGGCGCAGGCCGUGAUGGCUGGGUGGCCCUUCUGACUGCUGAGACUGCUGUGGCUGUGGCCAGGAGGUGCCACUGGACUGUGUGUGGUGGUCCCUGGGUAGCGGGGGAGGGCAGGCAGGGCUGGGGAAGACAGCCUGCAGGGUCCCACCAGGCAGCCUCUGGGGUGUGGCCAGACCAGGACAAAGGCCCACCAUUUGGCAUCCCUGGGUCUUGGGCUAGGUGUGGGAGACCAGCCUGCCAGGAGGACCCAGGGCUCUGUAAGUAGAUGCAUUUGGGUCCAGGAGGAAGCAUGGACACCUGGGAGGGAAGAGAUGAAAAACCACAUCCUACCAAGAGGAGGUGCUGAGGGAUGCUUUGCAGUGUUGUCAGAAGUGCUGGGCCAGAGGGAGACAGAACUCCACCCCCUGCCACAAAGGACAGGACCUGGCUGCCCUGGGAGGCUGGCACCUGAGUCUGUCUCUCUGCUCCCCUCGGGUUGUUGUAAGCCAACACAGGGGCCUGGAGAAUCCUGAGGAGCUUUCCUUUGGGUUCCAAACGCGGCCUUGACGUUCCUUCUCCCGUUUUUACGUUGCUGUCUUGUGGACUGUGCACUCAGUCCUUGCAAGGCCAGGAGUCCAGUUGUAAGUGGGGCCUUGAGGGGGAAUUGGGGAGGAGAAGACUGACAUGAGGCCUCUGCACGGAUCCGUCUCUGCCUCCCCAUCACCUCUUCCUUCUCACACCCAGUCCCAGCUGCAGUCACUAUUGUGCCCCUCCUUGGGGCAGGCUGGCUGGGGGCCAGGAAGGGGCCAUGAGGCUGCCUUGAGCCCAAGAAGGGACAAUAAGGCCAGUUGUAUGCUUCCUAUUCCUCAUAGCUUGCCUUGGUCGGGGUGUCUUUGUUGGAGUUGAGUCUAAGCUGCUGUGAUUAAGAGACCCUGAAAUACAGUGAUUUAAGCAAGACAGAAGCUUGUUUCUAAUUAGUCUAGAUUGAGAUGGCCCAGAGCUGGUAGGGCAGCUCUGUGUUUCUUCAUACGCACCUUCCAAUUCUGGGUACACAGUGGCUGCUCCAGCGCCAACCCUCCUGUGAGCAUCGAAGCCUGAGGGAAGCAGAAAUAGGCAAGAGGGGCACACCCACUUUUUGCUAAGGGCAUGAGCCAGAAUUGGCAGGCUCACCUCUGCUGGCCUCUCAUUGGCUGGGACUCAGUCACAUGGCCACAAGCAGCUGCAAGGGAACCUGGGAAGUGUAGUUUUCAGUGGGGCCGCCAUGUGUCUGGCCUCACCUUGGGGUUCUCUUAUUGAUGGAAAAGAAGGGAAUGGAUAUGGGGGACCAGUAGCAUCUCUGGGAGAGGGGGAGGGGGCAGCAAUAAUUCAAUCGUCAGAUCCAGCUCUCAUUGUCAGAGUUUCCGGAAUAGCUUGUUCCUGUUCCCCUCACUGCAGCCCAGGGCGGGGGGCAGUGAGGAGCCUGCAGCUCUGUGGGAAGGGGAAACACCCCCUCACCUUGGCCCCUCAAAGGCUUCCCAAUGAUGCUGGUUUACAGAGUUGGCCUGUGGAAUGGUUCAUGUUUGUGCGUGUGUGUGUGUAUAUUUAUGGGCAUGGGUGCAUGCUUCGUGUGUAUUUGUACCUGUCUGUAUUGCUGUGUCCCUGUAAAUACAUGCUUGUGUGUGGAUGGGGGAGGCCAGGCCCAGGUGUCCUUCGUCAGGCCUGUGGCCACACCUCCUGCAGCUCCCCAAAAUGACUGAGGCGGAAAGCCCUUGGGGAGCCUGGAAAGCAAAGCUAAAGGGGAUGCAGGGUCUGUCCGUCUGUCUGUCUGUCAGUCUGAGGAAUGAGAAUCCUCCUGACCUGAGGGCUGUGCAGCUGAGAGCCCACUACCUCCCCAGCCCCUCUCAGCCCCAGCCACAUGAUCCCACCCGUCCCCUCCCCCACCUCCAGUGGGGCUGUCUCCGGUUGUCUUAUUGUUGGGCGUUUCCUGAUGGGCCAGAAGAGGAGGGCAUCUCCUUGCCACAGCUCUGUCUGGGUUAAGUGCCCAGUGAGGGCAUGGUGUGGGGAGCUGGCCUCAGAGCAGCCACUGGUGGGCAAGCAUGAAGUGGGCUGAGGGGCUCUGAGCCACUUUGCUCCCAUCUAGGGGACUGCCCCCAUGGAACUCCUCCUUUGAAGUCACAGCAGCCUUCCUUUCUGUUUCCUCUUGGGGCCGAGAGGUGGCUCAAGAAGUCAGGGUCCCUGUGGCUCUGGGUCAAUCCAGGCCAGGCUGCAUCCCACGGACAGGGAGUCUCAGGGCUCCUGAUCAUGCCCAGGCCCUGGCCUGGCGCCUCCUUCCUUGGUAGCUUCCUCACCCCAUGCCCCUGGCACCCUCAGUUGCUGUGGGGAUGCCCCUCCAGGGCACCAGCUCAGAGCUAAGGGAAGGAAGACAGGAACAGCUCAGAGCUGCCAGGUCCUGCCUUCCUCGCAGACCUGGUGGGGCAGGGCCUGUUCACAGCAGCAGGAGUGAAGGCCUGGCCACUGGUGGAGAGGACAGCUGUUAGAGGGGUGGAGGCCAGGGCGCGGGGUUGAAGAAUUCCACAUAUCAUCACAGCAUACACUGGGAAUCUGGUGGAGGUAGAGGAACCCAGAGCCACUCCCUGAAUACAAAGGGAAACCAAGCUGAAUGUGACCACCGGCACACUGCUGCCAUGUCCCACGUCCACGCUUCUCCCGGGAAUAACUGGCCCUGAGACAGCUAGACCCAAGGAGGCCUGUCCAUGCCAAGCAUCCAGGAAGCAUGGCGGGCCCUGUCCACCCAUGGGUCACGUCGGUUCCCAGGGGCAGCAUGGGAGAGCUUUGGGGGCAAGAGGGAGAGUCCGGGUGGGGAGACAGGACUUGCCCAAGCAGAAGGCAGGACCCUGGGAAAUGUAUAAUUUAAGGACAUCAAUAAUAGUAUUAUUUUUUUUUGUAAGGGAAAAUCAAUAUGUACAUUCUGAAAUCAUUUUCUCUGUAAAUGGUUGGAUUUCAUUUCACCCUUAAAGGGAUGCUUAAAGGAGAAGAUAAUAUUAAUAAUAAAAACAGCUACAAAGUCU